AUGAAGACCAAGGAGCGCUUCGUGCGGUAUGCCAAUGAAGUUCUGGCUCAAGGCAUGGCAGAGCACCCCACCCGCCCCUUCCAAGUCAACGGCGCCAACGGCCCCCUCAUCAUCCUACCAGCCGGAUUCGCCGAAGAAAUCCGCAACGACCCACGCCUCUCCUUCACCGGCGUCAUCGAGCAAAACUUCUUCCCGCACUAUUCCGGUCUCGAAAUCUUCAGCCCGAUCGGGCCGGGCAACGACAUCCUGCAAGAGGUCGUGCGCAAGCACCUGACCCUCUCCCUGGAUACCCUAACCCCGGCCCUCUCCGACGAGAUGGCCGUCGCUACCGCCGCGCUCCUAACGCCUAACGCCGGCGCCGAAGGCAACAACAAGUGGCAGGCGCUCAAGUUCUUCCACGUCGCGCCCGAACUCACCGCACGCGUCUCCUCCCGCGCCUUCCUCGGCGCGCCCCUCUGCCGUGACCCGACCUGGCUGUCCAUCAGCGUCAAGUACACGAUCGACUCGUUCUUCGCGGUGCGGGCCCUACGCGUCGUGCCGCCAGUCCUCCGGCCCAUCGCGCACCGUUUCCUGCCCGAGAUGCGCGUGGUGCGUGACGAAGUCAAGGCGGCGAAGCAGGUCGUCGGGGCGGAAGUGGAGUUGCGGCGGACAGCGCGGUUCGAAGCGGAGAUGCGCGGCGAGGAGGUCAAGAGCGACGACGCCAUCGCGUGGUUCGACGAGGUGGCGGGCGAGCGCGAGUACGACAUUGUGCGCGAGCAGAUGAUGCUGAGCGUCGCGGCGAUACACACGACGAGCGUGACGCUGAUGGCGCUGCUGUACGACCUGGCCGAGAACCCGGAGUGGAUCGAGCGCGUGCGCGAGGAGGUUGUGGCGGUGUUGCGUGAGGAUGGCGGAUGGAGGAAGAAUACGCUGUAUAAGAUGAAGUUGCUGGACAGCUGCAUGAAGGAGAGCCAACGGCUGCAUACGGUUGGAGCGCUCGCCAUGAACCGCCGCGUCGAGCAAGCCAUGACCCUCUCCGACGGCACUUACCUGCCCAAAGGCGCCCUCCUCGGCAUCCCCACCUCGACCAUGCGCACGCCCGGCGGCCGCUGGGGCGGCGACGCGGCCCGCUUCGUGGGCGACCGCUUCCUCAAGCUGCGCGAAGAGUCCGGCGGCAGCGGCAACCGCUUCCAGUUCGUCAGCACGUCGGCCGACCACAUGGGCUUCGGUUACGGGCGACAGGCCUGCCCGGGCCGCUUCUUCGCCGCCACUCAGAUCAAGGUGACCAUCAUCCACCUGCUUCUCCACUUCGACUGGCGCUGGGAGGAGGGCAAGGGCCAGCCGCAGAGCGUCAUCCAGUCCGAGCAUAUCCCCGACCCGGAGGCUGAGAUUCUGUUUAGGAGGAGGACGCCUGAGGUGGAGUUGUAA